AGAAAGCUGGAGAAAGGCAGAGGCUGGCCAGCUGCGUGUGCCACACUCACUACAGGACUUGGAAUUCAGAGGAGGACUCCAACUGGUAAAAUGACAAAAGAUAAGCACCCCUGCUCACCAUUGGCAUGGUGACUAGUUGGAUUGUUAAAAUAAGAAGAGAGGAACUAUAUGAUUGUCUGGUGGGGGCAGGAGGAGAGAGCCAGCAGAGAGCAGAAGCCCAGGGAUGGAGUGGGAAGGGCAGUCACUAAGACACCAAGUACUUGGACAUUCUGCCACAGGAAGAAAAGGAGAUGAAGGGAAGAAAUUGGGUCACCGGGACUUUGGUUUUCGCUGUCGUCACAGCUGCACUAGGUUCCUUCCAGUUUGGAUAUGAUAUUGGCGUGAUCAACGCACCUCAAGAGGUAAUAAUAUCCCAUUAUGAAUAUGUUUUGGGUAUUCCACUGGAAGACCGAAAAGCUAUCAACAACUAUACUAUCAACAGUACAAAUGACCUGCCCACAAUCCCAUACCUAAGGGAUUCAACACCAACCUCUUUGGCGGAGGAAGAGACUACAACAUCUACUAGCCUCAUCACCAUGCUCUGGUCCUUGUCUGUGUCUAGCUUUGCAGUUGGUGGAAUGAUUGCAUCCUUCUUUGGUGGGUGGCUUGGAGACCAGCUUGGAAGAAUCAAAGCCAUGUUGGUAGCAAAUGUUCUCUCAUUAGCUGGAGCUCUCUUGAUGGGGUUUUCCAAACUGGGACCAUCUCACAUUCUUAUAAUUUCAGGAAGAAGCAUAUCAGGACUCUAUUGUGGGCUAAUUUCAGGCUUGGUUCCAAUGUACAUUGGUGAAAUUGCUCCGACCACACUCAGGGGUGCCCUUGGCACACUUCACCAGCUGGCCAUUGUCACAGGCAUUCUCAUUAGUCAGAUUGUCGGCCUCAACUUCAUCUUGGGCAGUCAUGAGCAGUGGCAUAUCCUGCUUGGUUUGUCUGCUCUGCCAGCCAUCCUCCAGUCUCUGCUGCUCCUCUUCUGUCCUGAAAGCCCCAGAUACCUUUACAUCAAGUUGGAUGAGGAAGUCAAAGCAAAGAAAAGCUUGAAAAGACUCAGAGGAAGUGAUGAUGUCACCAAAGACAUCACUGAGAUGAGAAAAGAAAAGGAAGAAGCAUCAAGUGAACAAAAAGUCUCCAUAAUUCAGCUCUUCACCAAUUCCAGCUACCGACAGUCUAUUAUAGUGGCACUGAUGCUGCACAUGGCCCAGCAAUUUUCUGGAAUCAAUGCGAUAUUUUACUACUCAACCAGCAUUUUUCAGACUGCUGGAAUCAGCCAACCUGUUUAUGCAACCAUUGGAGUUGGUGCCGUCAACAUGGUUUUCACUGCUAUCUCUGUAUUCCUUGUGGAGAAGGCAGGGCGACGCUCUCUGUUUCUAAUAGGAAUGAGUGGGAUGUUUGUCUGUGCUAUCUUCAUGUCCGUGGGACUUACACUACUGAAUAAGUUGGCUUGGAUGAGUUACGUGAGCAUGGUAGCCAUCUUCCUCUUUGUCAGUUUCUUUGAAAUUGGGCCAGGCCCCAUCCCCUGGUUCAUGGUGGCGGAGUUCUUUAGUCAAGGACCGCGGCCUGCUGCUUUAGCAAUAGCUGCAUUCAGCAACUGGACCUGCAAUUUCAUUGUAGCUCUGUGUUUCCAGUACAUUGCGAAGUUCUGUGGACCUUAUGUGUUUUUCCUCUUCGCUGGAGUGGUCCUGGCCUUCACUCUGUUUACAUUUUUCAAAGUUCCGGAAACCAAAGGAAAGUCCUUUGAGGAAAUCGCGGCAGAAUUCCGAAAGAAGAGUGGCUCAGCCCAAGCGCCCAAAGCCGCCGUGGAAAUGGAAUUCCUUGGAGCCUCAGAGACUGUGUAAAGAUUAUCUGAUUUGGGACAUGAAAAGGAAUAGAAAGGAGGUUGUGUGUUUUCAAAUGACAGUUCUUUGAGAAUGUUAUAUCUACAUCUUGAAGGAUUGUUUUCUUUUUUAGAGAACGUUUCUGGGUUCUUCUCAGUAAUGUCAUCAAAUAUUACCAAAAAAAGUAUUUUUUUUUAAGUUAGAGCAUCUAUUUUUGAUAGUAAGACUCUGUAAUUAAGUAAACCAAAAGUCUAGCUCAUUUUGCUCUCCCAAAGGGCAAGUACAUUCUAAUGUUGCUAGCUCUACUCUUUUUUUUUUUUUAAGAGGGGGUACUGGGGAGGGGAAGAAAGAGAGAGAAUCUUAAGCAGGCUCCCCACUCAGCACGGAGCCCAGCGUGGGGCUCAAUCUCACAACUGUGAAAUUGUGACGUGAGCCCAAAUCAAGAGUCGGAUGCUUAACUGACUUAGCCACUCAGGUAUUCCCCCAGUUCUGUUUUUUAUAACAAGGUUCUCCUGAAAUGAAAGCUGUUUCAAUAUAUCACGUUAAUGCUUCAUUAAGCGUGUAGCUACAAACCUGAAGAUGCAACUAAUUUACAUAUUUGCAUAUGAUUAUGUUGGAAUUUUCUUACCUAUGGACCUCAUACUAAAGAUUUGGCUAGUGGCAAUAAGGUCUGUGUUAAAAUUGAUAACUUUUCCUUUUCUCCCACUCAGCUUUUUUUCUUGUGUAUUGAAUUUAUAUUGUUUAAUGUUUUAUUUUGUCUGUAUUUUCAUGUGGAAUGGUUUGUGAAUAUAUUAAGAUAUGUGCGUAAAGAAAAACUUUUAUUUUUGGUAGGCUUACCAAAUCUUUCAGAACUCAGGGAAAAACAUUAGUUCCUCGGCCUGAUUUUUUGUAAGAUUAAACACUUGAAAAGAGUUUAUUGGUCAUGUAGCCUGGGUUAUCAGUUAAUAUUACUAACUAUUAUAAACUAUGUUCAUUCUUUGCUGGUUCAAUCCUUGAAGCUAUAUUUUGGUUUGCUUUUAAUAUUGAACACAGCCUGGUUUUCUGAGCUGUGUUUUUAUAAAAUACAUCCAAAUAGUGAUUAAAUUGGGCAUUUUUGUAUCUCCUCAAACGCUAAAUAAGUUACAGCAGCCUAAGGGAAAUUUGAAAUAAAGGUUUGCUCUGUUUGUUAAAAAGGA